CACAAACCUUUGUCACGUGCGUAUAUCGAAGGAGGAGGGGCGAAAUGGUACGCAACAGUUUUAAAAGCGAAACUGUUCUUUUUAUCCACGAACGACAGUAUGCAUCCUGAUGAUUAAGUCUCGUCUCACUUUUAUUCAGGCAUCUACCAAGAACACCAAGCAUGGCAAGCCCACAGUUCGCCCUUCUGGCACCUUUUGGAACAAAGCCAGAGGACAGGUGGUUCCGUACAGCUUAUAAAUGGAAUCGGGACCAGAUCCUUGAUUGGAUGAAGAAGACCGCUGACGCGGGUGGGGUUAAGCCCGGAGAUCAAGACUCACGUUCUCUCCUCACGGAAAUUUACAACCGCUUGAUCAGUCUUUCUCUCCCGGACGGGAGUCUGUACAAGGACCCUACAAAACAACCAUCGUCGCAUAUUGCACGACUUCUGGACCCAGAUUGGAACAAGGAUGAUGUAAAGUCAUCCAGAUUCAUUGUCAGUGGUUGGUCCUUCAAGCCAAGUUUGCAGACCUUUAUCGGCCCAGUACCGGACUGGUGGUGUCCUUUCGAUCUACUCGGUCUUUUCCUUAGCCUCCUGGGGCCGGCGCCGUCCGCUGCUGACAAAAACAAUUUCUACCUCCCUCUCACAGCAGUCUACGGCCGUUGGUGUUCACGUAUCGCGGGUGAAAUAGAUGCAGGUUGGAAGUGGAAGCCCAGUAUUCAAGGUCAAGGUGAGUUGCCAUUCGUUUUCCAAUGCACAUGGUAUCUCGAAGUCGACAACAGCACCAAGCAACACUGGGGGCAAUACUUUCUGGGAGCAUCCAACGCGGGGGACAAGUUUGACACGACAAAGGAAAAUGCCACAUAUACGGGAGCGUGGAGGGAGCGUGCGCAAGAGGCUCGUUUCAACAUGCUAUUCAAAUGUCAGAAGGUACCCAUGGUUCAGGUCAACGACUUCAGAGACAAGACAGCCCCCAACAUGAACAAUGCCAAUCGCGCGAUGGUACCGUUCGGAAACUGUGGCGAGACUUACCCAUUCGCUAUCAGAUUCUUGGGAGAGAAAAAACAAAACGAAACCUCAAUGACAGGCCUCGCUCUCAAAAGCGAAUUUAUGGAAAAGGAGGAGUAUCCCGAGUAUGACGAAUACUCUACUAGUGAUAUUUGGAAGAAGUUAAUGGCUCCUUGUGCUAAUUGUAAGGUGCUUCUUCAAAAGGCCGGGGCAUUGGAGUCGCAGUUUGCAGCAAAGCUAGAUAAGACAAAGGCUCCAAAACGACCAAAACCAAUGCUAGAGGCAGAGGAGCUGUUGGUCGAAAAUGGAACUUUGUAAGGGGAGCUCCAGGCUUUACUAGUAGCAUCAUUGCCAGAGC